GCUAAAAGGCUCACUCUGGAAUUCAUCAUGCUGAGGGGAACUAUCCUGCUGGGUUGCCUGACCCUAGGCCUGUGUAAAGUAGCUGACUGGAAUACAACUGCUGUUGAUCUUCAUAAAAAUCUGAAUUUAAAGAGAUAUCAUAGCAAGUUGAGAAUGAUUGGACAGAGUUGCAAAGAAAUUAAGGAUACAUUCAAGGUAAAAGAGGAUGGCAUUUACUUCCUCAUCACCAAGAGUGGUGUUGCCUAUCAGACGUUUUGUGACAUGACCACGGCGGGUGGGGGCUGGACCCUUGUGGCCAGCGUUCAUGAAAAUGACAUCAUGGGGAAGUGUACCCGAGGUGACCGUUGGUCAAGUCAAAAUGGAGACAACCCCAACAAACCAGAGGGUGACAAUACAUGGGCCAACAGGGUCACUUUUGGGACAGCAGAAGCUGCCACAGAUGACGAUUUCAAGAAUCCUGGGUACUAUGACAUUAAAGCCCAGGAUGUUUCAGUAUGGCAUGUUCCAAACAAUGAGGAACAAGGAGCCUGGUCCAACACUUCUAUUCUCCGUUACCACACGGAGACACAUUUCCUUGCUGAUCAUGGAGGAAAUCUUUAUCAUCUUUUCAAGAGACACCCCCUGAAGACUGGAAAGGGAGAUUGCAAAGAGAAAACUGAAAAUACAGAGGGUGUGCGGAGUGGAAUCGCUGCCCCUGUUGUUUAUGAUAAAGGGGAUAAAGAGUCUACAACUAAACUUUAUGGGCCUGCAGUCAAAGAUGACUUUGAACCUGGCUUUGUUACCUUCAGCGUGUUCAACACUGAAAAAGCACCCAUGGCUAUCUGCUCAGGUGUCAAGCCACAGAAAUGCAAUCCUCAACAUUACUGCAUUGGUGGAGGAGGAUAUUAUCCCAUUGGUGCGCUGGUCCAGUGUGGGGAUUUCAAUGCGUUUGAUUGGACAAUAUUUGGCGGCGCUGGAGACCAUAAAGCAUCCCAGGAGAUUAUAGAUGCGACCAUGCUCUUAUUCUACCGCUGAACACACUCAUUGUAUUGUAUUUUUGUGCCCUCGUAUUUUGAUUGUUCUAUCUUUUUUGAGGGCCUGUUGUGGACUGUGUUGCAAACUAGCACUUGAGCUAAAACACUUUAAGAAAUGCCUCUGGUGUGUCAAAUGUAAUUUCUCCAUGUUCACAUUAAAUGAACUUAGCCUGUAUCAAUAUUUUUUUUUUAUUAUAGGACUCUGUCUGUGAAAAACAUUCAUAAAAUGUAUUUACCACAUCUCA